AUGCUUGCCGACCGCCAUGUCAAGCUUUUGUCUCGGCAAAGAGGUAGUGCUCUGCGAAAAAUCGAUCACGAUGUGGUAAUAUCUCAAAUCAAAAAACCUAGGCUCGAUCGACCGUCUUUAUCUGUAUCACCGUCCAAAAGCAACCAAUAUGACCCCGAACACGAGCCCUCGCUCGAUCUCCCGCAACCGCCGUCCGAAGUUCAUUUUCCAGCGGAUUUGGACGACCCUGCAAGCACACCACCACACAGUCCAGUCCUGCGUAACGGUCUCCUAACUUCUCCCGAAAUUUUGCACACGUCUCCUACUCGGGACCAGGCUCCUGCUGGCCAGGAAAUGCCUGAUAAUUACUUGGAUUUGGCAGAAACAAUCUCUCCCCCAUCAAAAAGCUCGAAAAGCUCCCAAGUCAUCCCAUUGGUGCCGGAAUUUGAUUUCUCGGGUCUUCCCAUUUCGCAACUACGAACAAAUUCUCUAUCUCAAGCUCGUAUUGAGGUAAUAUGGUCACUACUGAAUAAUCUGUUUGAGGAACAGCUCAUACCGCAAGCGUUUGCGGAUCACGACACUGCCAGUAACGCGGCUGACCAGCUUACGUACAAGCUGGACAUUAAGCUACUGUCAACAUUUCUCCACGGCAUUUUGUCCGACUUGCAGGACACGCUGGACAUCAAUGCAUCUAAUAAUGAGUUAUGUUCUCAGCUGAAAGCUUGUGCCAAACAAAAGGCGACACUCACUGAAACCUUAGUUGAUCUGCGACAACAGAUCACUGAUUGGGAAAAUAAAGAGGACAAUGACGCGCAGCUUCAAGAGAUGCAGCUAAAGAGUGCCUUGAAUGACAAGCUACAAAGUCUGGCUAUAGGUGAUUAUCCAUCUGCAGAUGAGGGAGACGCAAUCACAAACCCACAACCUUUGGAGCCGAUUGCUGACGAUUUGAUACAGCUAUUGGACCCACAGGAUGGGAUUCUGGGAAAACUAAAGACUUUUAAUACAUCCCUAGAAAAGCUCUUGGAUUAA